AUGACACAGAUAGUCUCGGGCGCUGAUAUCUACGGACAAGGGUCCUGGAUUGACUCUAAGGCACCACCAGUUCCCGAUGAUGCAUGUCGACUUCUCAAGAUGCUGGCCGAGGCGACGCCCGGAUUCACAAAAAACCUCGCCGUUCUGAACACGGUAGCUUUCACCGGUUCCUCCGACACAAUCGUCCCUGGCCCCUUGAAAUCAGCCGUUAUCGCUGCAGCUCUGCACGCCAUGAGCGGCAUUGUCGCUAACGAGCUCUUCGAGCUCAGAGAUGGCGAGAGCUCUAGUCGGACUGUGUCAGUCAAUACCGACCAUGCUGCAUUCUGGCUCGGAAGUGUAGGCAUGACCAGACGCAACGGGCAGACUGUCCAGGACCUUGGCAAGGAUGGCAAAUUGGGUGCCAUUUUCCCUAAAGAUCUCCAAGGAGACAUCUUCGGAACACCACUCAGAUUACGCGCCACGGCGAACUAUGAGACUAAGGAUGAAGGCGUUUGGUUUCAGCUACAUGGGUCUCUAGGGGCAGAUCCAGUACUACAAACCAUCGGCAUAGACCCAUCGCUAGAGUGCAGCAGUAACGAUGAGGCCACUCGAGUCAUUGCGGAGCACGUUCGCAAGUUUGGAGCGCAUGAGCUGGAGAUGAUGUAUCUCGUUCAGGGCCUUUGUGGAACUAUCUGCUAUACUCCUGGUGGAUGGAAACAGACACGCAUGGCCAAGGACUUGGCUAAGCACCCCCUUAUCAACUACAAGCUGCAGACGCACGCAGUCCCUACACCAGCCAUUCCGUUGCCAGUAUCUGCCGAUAAACGACCACUGGCUGGCAUCAAGGUCGUGGAGCUUGUCCGAAUCAUUGCAGGCCCCGUUAUUGGAACGACAUUGGCUGCCCUCGGAGCUGAUGUGAUCCGUGUGAACUGCAGUCGCCUCCCUGACUUUAAUGGACUUCAACUGACGCUGAAUGCUGGCGUUAGAACGGUGGAUAUUGACCUGGCCAAAGAUGAUGAAGUAAAACAUCUCUUCGCAUUGGUUGCAGAUGCAGACGUCUUUGUUCAAGGCUACAGGCCCGGAGUUAUUGCCAAUAAAGGACUCAGCCUUGAGAAUCUCCUAGAGAUAGCUGGCAAAAGAGGCAAGGGCAUGGUAUAUGUGGAAGAAAAUUGCUACGGGCCAAAUGGCCCUAUGGCCGAGCGACCUGGCUGGCAACAAAUCGCUGAUGCUGCCUCUGGGUGUUCCUAUGUCACUGGGAGAAGCCUGGGACACAAAGACGGAACAUGUGUACUUCCUGCUCUACCUGUCCCGGAUAUGCUCACUGGUUUGAUCGGAUGCAUCGGCACUAUGAUGGCCAUCUAG